ACAAGAUGCAACAACAACCAAAAGUCAACAUUAUCGAGCAAGGAAACAUUUGGACCAUUGAAAAUCUUUACUCACCAGAAGAAUGUCAACAACUCAUCAAGAUUUGUGAAUCGAAUGGAUUUGUGGAAGCUCCAUUCAAUGCCAAUAUGGCCAAAGAUACAAGAAAUAACGAUAGAGUGAUUCUUGAUUUACCACAACAUGCUCAAUUGUUUUGGGAAAGAGUUUCACCUUAUUUACCUCAACAUGCUUCUCAAUUGGGAAAUCAAGUAUUGGAAAGUAAUGCAAAAUCUGGAUUUCAAUUGUUAAAUCCAGGAUUUUCGAAUAGAUUGAGAUUCUACAGAUAUAAGAAGGGUCAAUAUUUUGCUCCCCACACAGAUGGUUGUUAUUUUGAUAAUAGAGAUAAAUAUGUGGACCAGUCAUUCUUGACAAUCUUGCUCUAUUUGAAUGAUGUCAAUAAUGCUGGAGGAGAAACUAAUUUUAUUCAAAAUGGAAUCAAACAUAGUGUUCAACCAAAGAGUGGAUCUGUGUUGAUAUUUGUGCAUUGGAAUUGUCACGAAGGUGCUGAGGUGACAUCUUCUAAUGCUUUGAAGUAUGUUAUGAGAACAGAUGCAGUUUUUAGAAGAAUUAAAUAAAAAUCAAUCUGAUCUGAU